AUGUGCAUUGACUACAGACAACUGAAUAAGGUAACUGUUAAGAACAAGUACCCUCUUCCUCGCAUCGAUGAUUUGUUUGAUCAGUUACAAGGUGCUUGUACCUUCUCAAAAAUCGAUUUGAGAUCUGGUUAUCAUCAAUUGAAAAUACGGGCCACGGAUGUGCCAAAGACUGCUUUUCGGACUAGGUAUGGACAUUAUGAGUUCUUAGUAAUGUCUUUUGGGCUUACGAAUGCCCCUGCUUCUUUCAUGAGCUUGAUGAAUGGGAUUUUUAAGCCAUAUCUGGAUCUCUUCGUCAUUGUAUUCAUUGAUGACAUACUGGUAUACUCGAAGAGCAAGAAAGAACAAGAGGAGUACUUGAGAAUGGUAUUGGAAAUGUUGAGGGAGAAAAAGCUUUAUGCCAAAUUCUCCAAGUGUGAGUUUUGGCUAGAUUCAGUGUUCAACUGGGAAAAUUUGUCUAUUGUUUCAUAUGACAACAAUGAAGAAUGGGAAACUAGUGGCCGAAAGAACAAGUCUUCCAUCACAAGAACUUAUGACUUCGUUCCUUCAAACAUGACUGUCAUUACUGGGGGACAGUUGAAGAGCUUUCUAAAAGUGAGAGGGAACAAAGCCUCUGCGAUAGAUCAACCAUUUUUGGUAUUCCAUCUUGAUAUUUCACAUGAAGUUGCCCAUAACAAUCAAGAUGCUCUAUGCCGAAUUUCUCCCCCUAAGACACUCGAGAGAUAUAGAACUACCAUAGGAAUGGUUGGAAUGUGUAUUGCUAGGAAAUAUAUCAGCAUACACACACUUCCUAAGAUGAUGAUUUUACACUUGCAGAGGUUUAGUUAUGGAAGCUAUGGAAGUACCAAAUUGCAUAAACAUGUGCAUUUUCCUAGUUCAGAGCUUAUCACUAGUUUAAGAUGA